AUGAAUGUUGAGUAGGCGUAUUAAAAGGCGCCUGAUAAUCAAGAAAAUGGUAGCAAAAGUAGUAGUAACUUAUAGUAGCAAUAGUUUGCAUCACCUACUAAAAGCACUGCAGCAAGCACAUUGGUUAGUGGAGGCGAGUAGAGGAUCAAAGAAAACCCUUUUACUUUAGAUACUGAAUAAUCUUCUACUACAAGCCCACAAAGAACUGCUUUUCAAGAGGAAAACAUGAAAAGGUUUAGUUAAAUAAAUAUUGUAGAUGCGAUCAAGAAGAAUCCUUAAAGGUUGAAGUGGCUUAAGGAAUCCUUGAAGGAUUUCUGCUUAAUUAAGAAAAAUAUAUAUCUUUUUCGUAAGCGAAGAAUGGUUUCUCAUAAAGACAUUAUAGGAUGCGAUUGCAAGAGAGUAGCUCCAGAGAAUAUUUCAAAGAUUCCAUUAUCAAAGCGUAUGAAUGGCAUGAUUAACUGUGGUGAAAAUUGCUGGAAUAGGGCAGUAUGUACUGAAUGUUGCGAUUUAUCAUGUAGAUGUGGUGAACUAUGCCAAAAUAGAAGAUUUUAAAAACAUCAAGAUGCAUGCGUUUAUCCUGUACCUACUAGAGGAAAGGGUUGGGGUCUUUGUGCAGGUUAGUUUAUUCCUAAGGGAACAUUUAUCAUUUAAUACACAGGAGAAGUAUUUGAUAUCAAUUCUUCCGAGGGUAUCAAAAGAUGCAAAGAUUACAGUAGAUCAACUUGCACUUAUCUGAUGAAAAUAGAUAGAAACGAAGUUAUUGACCCUACUUAUAAAGGAAAUUUAGCUCGUUUUAUAAACCACUCUUGCGACCCAAACUGCAUUACAUAGAAGUGGCAUGUUUUGGGAGAAAUCUGCAUUGGUAUUUUUUCUAUUAAAGACAUACAAGAAGACGAAGAACUUACAUUUGAUUAUUAGUUUGAUUCAUUUAAAACUCCUUUAACUAAAUGUUUAUGUCAGGCUGCCAAAUGCAAAGGAUAUUUAGGAUACAUUCCCACUGAUUUUACUGUAGAAGAAUGGGAAGAGAGAUUAGAUAAUCUUCCUUGUAGCAUUUGUGAUGGAAAUACUGAAGAUGAUGAUGAUAAGUUAUUACUAUGUGAUAGAUGUAAUAAUGGAUUUCACAUAUUUUGCUUGAAACCUCCCUUAACAGAAAUUCCAGAAGAGUAGUGGUUUUGCGCUGAUUGUAUAAACUAGAUGAAUAAUGUCAAUCAUGAGAAAAUAGCUUUAGAAAAGAAAGAGAGGCUCAAAAAGAAGAAAAGUAAAAAUAUUACUUUAGAAUCAAAUGAUGAAGAAAUAUUUAAAUAUUCUGAAUAAUAUGAGCAAUUUUACAGCUUCAUGAAGAAUAUAGAAAACUAAGCUAUUGAGGAAUUAUAUGAUAUUCACGAUAGGGAUGACGAUGAUGAUUAAGUUUAAUUGAAAAUCAAAAGGCGCAAAGAGCUUCAUUAGCAAGACAAAGAAGAGUAAAAGAGACUCGAAGAAUAAAAGAAAAAAAAACAAAAUAAGCAUUAGGAAAAAACAGCAUCUAAAUAGUAUUCAGAGGAAGAAUUUUAGAAAUAACUUAAUGAGUAGUAUAAAAAAGCUAAGAUAAAAGUAGAAUAAUCAAAAAAGUCUUAACCUGCAGAUUAAAAUGCUAAUGUUGCUGCAGUAUCAAGUUAAAAUUAAUCAUAGUAAGUGUAAUCGAAUCAAUAGCAAUAAGCUAGCCAAAUGUUGGAGGAAGGUGAAGAGCCUGAUAUAGAGCAUAUUGAUAAAGAGGAAUAUUUUUUAAAUGAGGAUGAUGAAGAUGAAGAGGAAGAUUCAUAAAACAGAAGCUUUGUCUUUAAAUCUCCAAAUCCAAAGAGAAUUUCAUCAAGCUAGGAUAUAUAAACUACUAAUUAGAAGCAAUUGAGUGUUGACAGAGUUUCACCUAUGAAAAAGAAUAAAGGUCCUAAUGGAGAAAUUUUUAAAAAAGUUGAACAUUCUUAUUAGGAAUUUUUAACGACAAAUCCUUCAUUCUUAUAAAAAAUAAAUAUAUUCAAUGAAAAUAAUUUAGCUUUGAAUGAUGUUUCUAAGAAGUCUAUCAUAUAAUUAAAUAAGCUUGAAAUGCACCUCUUUCGUACUAAUUUCACUUUGUUUGAGAAAUUGGGAGUAAGGACAUUUUGGGAUCAUAGCCAAAAAGUAGCCCAUGACUUAUUUAUGAAAAAUACAGAACUAUCAAUUUUGGGUAACGAUUAGUAAAUUGCUAUCUUCACUGAAAUAAUUGACUCUAUGCAGGAAGUAGUAAAGCAGAUAAAAAAUGAAAUGGGUAUUGUUGAAGCAUAUAUCACCAUUCCAGCUAUCUACUUAAAGAGAAUUAUUGGUUUGAGCCAUUCAAAUAUAAACAGAAUGGAAAAAUAGCACAAUGUCACUAUUUUCUAUAAUAAGCGCUUUAUCACUGAUGAGUGCUAUACCAUGGAUUAGAAAGUGAGCCUUCUUGUAAAAGGUAUCAAAGAAAACAUCAUUUCGUGCCACAAAGAUAUUUCAGAAAAGAUAAACUCACUUGAAGUUCAUAGAGUAUAUUUGACUCCAUGGGAAACAAAGAAUGUGUUAAGUUCUCUCUAAAUGCUGAAAAGGAAAAAUCAUAAAUCUGAAUUUCGUUUGCAUAGGGAAAACCCCUUUAAAGAUAUAAACCAUCCUUUCUUUUUCAUCCAAGUAAAAGAAAAAGAGUUGACACUUAUCGGUACCAGAGAGGAGAAUGAAUAAACAUAGUAGGAGAUUCUUAACUUGAUAAAUUCUACAAAUAAAGACAGAGAAGAGUUUUAGUGUUCACAUUAUUUGAUUCCUCAUCACUUAAAGAACUGCACAAACCAAAUUAAGCAGUAAAUAGAAAAUAAAGUUCCAGGGUUGAAGGUAUACUUGUUUGAUCCAACUCACCCUCGUAAGAAUAUCACUCUGACUACUUGUGGGUUAUAAGAAUAGAGAUCGAAAGCGAAAUAAGUCAUAGUUAAAUAUUUUGAGGAAUAGUAAAAUGAAUAGAGAUAAUUUAAAUUCGAAGUAGAUAAUUUCUAAGAUUAAAUGAUGUACUAGAUGACUAAAUAUCUAUUCAAAUACAUGCAAAAUAGCUUUCUUACUAAUGACACUUCUUUUAUGAAAAAUUGGGAUAUAGUGUCUCCUUAUAUGUCUUAUACAUCGUUAGAAUAAAAUUGGUUUUGGAAAGCUAUUAAGAAGCAUGUCAUGAACGACUACGAUACCUAGCUCUAUAUUUGCUUUGUUGCAAAAAAGUUGGACUUGGUUUAAAGAUUUGUUAAUGAAAAAGAACAGGAAAUGGCAAAUUAAACGAAAAAUAAAAAAUCUCAUGGCGAUAAAUGGGGCAAUAAGGAUAAGAGUAAUUCAAAUUCAGACUCAUCAGAAAUGUCAGAAGAAGAUAAAGUUGAAAAUGAAGAUGCAAAUAAGAAUAAAGUUCAGAAUGAUAAAAUGGUAGAUGAAAAUACUACUCGUAAAAGCAGAUCAUCUUCAUCUUCUUCCUCAAGUAGGAGUUCUUCUAGUGAAUCUUCAGCUUAGUCUUUAUCUCCCUAUCAAAGAAAUCCUAAAAAUAACUUCUUGCAUCAAGAUGAUGAUUAAAUAUAUCCAUGCUUUGACUAGAAUUUAAGUUAAGAUGCUAAAGUUAAGAAAAACAUUAUCCUUUUGAUUAAAAUGAUUCUCCAUAAAUUGAUAAAUAAGAAUGUAGGAGUUCUUAAGAACUACCAGACAAUCUACAAUCGUAAAUAGCUCCCUAACCACAAUUUUUUCAGAGAUUCAUUUUCUGGAAUUAACUUUAACGGUGGAUCAUAUUAUAAUAGAGAAAGCUCAGAACCUGAGAUUGGAGAAUUACCUUUAGAAGAUGGAAAAAAAAGCAGAUCACGUAGCAAGAGCAGAGGUAGAAGAAGAACGACAAAUAAUUUUAGCACAAUACGCAGAGGCGGAUUUUCUUCAAUCCCACCAACUUAAACCUAAUCUUCUAAUUUCAGUGAUGCUCCUCCUAUUCAGCCAUCAAGUUUAGCUCUCACUUCUGUGAAUUCAGCAGCUACUCCAGGUAGUAAUUGGUCAAGUGUACCAAAUGUAUCACUUGGAGCAUCAAAUUCUGCUGGAGCAGUUCCUGCAACCCAAUCAAUUUCAACAAGAUUCUAAAAAAAUACAAAAUUUUCUUCAAGAGAAAGAAGUCUUGGCCGUUCAAACAAUUUUAGCUCAAAACCAAAACAUAGAAAGCAAGAUAAAAGUAGUAAUUCUGAGCGUAAUUCUUCAAGCAACUCCUCUGCAGAAGAAAAUUCUAGUUCAUCAUAUUCUAGAUCCUCUACAUCUAGAUCUUCAUCAUCUUCAUCUUCAAAGAAAAAUUCUAAAUCUCAGUCGAAACCAAGAAGAGCAAAUAAACCAUCUAAUUUCUCAUCUGGGCCCGUAGUAUCUAACUUAAAAUAGGUUGGUUCAAGCUAGUUGAUUCCUUCUACUUCACCUAUUUUAGCACCUUCUAAUUCCUUCAGUAUAGCUAACGCGCCAAUCAAAACUAUAAGUCUGUCUAGCAACUUAGCCUAAAACAUAGCUCAAACUUCGCAGCAAUAAUAAUAGAAUAUCUAAUAGCAAUCUAUGUAGCAGGUUAUCUCUCCUAUUUCUUAAAAUAAAGAAACAAAUUAUUUAUUAUAGCAGUAGCAGUAGUAACAACAACCUUCUGCAGUAGCAGAGAGUUAAACAUAAAAUAUUUCUCAGCAACAACCAAACUAACCAAUUUCAAAUCCUGUUUAAUAAAUUUGUAAUAAUCCAACAACUUAAUCGAUUAUAUAGAAUUCACAAAAUAAAAUUAUAUAAACAUAAAACAACUAAUCUUCUGACACUCUUUCAUAAAAUUAGAUUUAAUAAACAUAGUAAGCUUCAUAAUAAAUUAUCGCUAAUAACACUAUAUUACCUGUAAAACUUUAAUAAUAACUAUCUACGCCUUCUAACAACGCUUCUUCUAAUUUUUUAAUUAAUUCUCAAAUAACACCUAUUUCAGCUUCAACCUCUCCUUUAAUUACUCCAACAUAAGUACUCUCAAGUAAAUUUGACAUAAAAACCAUAAAUCUAACACAAGCCUCUUCGUCUAUCUCUUUACCUCAAUCAAACACCAUAUCUACUGUGCAACCUUAAAAGUAAAGACUUUCAAAAUGGGAUAUAAAAUCAGACUUGAAUAAUAAUUAACCAUCUCAAGUUUCUCAACAAGCCCCAAAUGCAAUAACUUAAAAUACUAGCUAAGCUAAUUAAAACCUUCAAUAAAAUUAAUCAAAUACAUUUAUUUAAACAUAAUAAUCAACUAAUCCUUUAUAGUCACAAUAAACAGCUACAACUAUACCACCUGUAGUUUCUUCUACUUCCUAAGCUCUUCUCACAUAAACAUAAUAAAACAUCAUUCCUCAAGUUAAUUAGGUCUAGGCUCCUCCACCUGUAAAAGUUAGUAAAUUUUCUAGUAAGCCAGUAACUUAAAAUGAAGCUAGUACUAGUUUACUAAACUAAUUAUAGUCUAAUUAAAUAGAUAAGCAAUAACCUUAAUAAUCAUCAUAAUUAUAGCAACAAAACUAGUAGUAAUAGUAAUUAAUUGGAGAUAUUUAAAGUAAAAUUGCAUAGAAUGCAAUUAGUAACUUAAAUAUUACUUCCUAAAAUUAGCAAAAUGUAUCUUCUUUAGCUCAGAAAUCAAUAAUUCUUUAAUAGUAAUAAGAUAAUAAUAUGAAUCCUGCUAUCUCUUCUUAGCAAAUUACAACUCAAUAAGUCUAGUCAGUAAGCAAAGGAUUCUCUUUACCAACAAUUUAAAAGUAAUAAUCUUAAGAAUAGAGCUUUAGUAAAGAAACAAUUAUUUUGAGCACAAAAGCUAUGAUUAAUGAAAUAAAUUCUAAAAAAUAAACUAAUUUUUCAGAAAAAAACUCAAUUCAAACAAAUAGUGCAAAUGCUUAAGACUAAAAGUAACAACAAAUAUCUUAAAAUGAAAUUAAAUAUUAAAAUAUUUUACAAUAAUCACAAUAAAAUGAAAGCUAAAGCAUCAAUAAAAUAUAAGAAUCUAUAGGUAAUUCUAGCUAGAUAAUAAAAUAAUCAAAAUAAGAAACAAUUCUAAGUGUUGAUAAUAAAAAUACAUUCAAUUCAGAAUAUAAUUUAAACAAAAAGUAAGAUAAUCAGCAUUCUUAAAUAAAUAAUAAUGAUAAAUCAUAAAUGGAAGAAGAAGGGGAAAUAGAGGAAGAAAGUCUUCCUGUAAAGGAAAUAUAGCAAAAAACUUCAAUAAUUAAUUAGUUUGAUUAAUAAUAAGUUGAUUCAUAAAAGAUUCACUCUAGUUCUCCACCAUAAAAGUAGAUUACUAUGUCUCAUCUACUAAGCUAAUCUUAAUAAAAGAAAAAAAAUAACAAGACUAUUUUGUCAAUAUUAGAUGAAGAUAAAACAUCUUCUAGUGAUGCAGAUAGUUCUCCUCUGACAAGUGAAUCUAAUUUCGAAAGACCAGCAAACAGAAAAUCGAAAUUUAGAGAUAUGGAAAAAGAAGAAGGAGAGCAAGUACAUGUAGAAGAGGGUGAAGAGGAAGGAUUAUAAACAUCAAAAGUUGGCAUUAACAGAUAAAGCAAGCAUAUUAGUAAAUUUAGUAAAGGAUAAGUCAGUAAGAGCCAAAAAAAAACAUCUUCAUCUUAAUCUAAAAAUAAAUUAAAAAAGAGAAGUAAUAGCAGCAGUAAAAAUGUAGUUACAAAUACUUAAAAAUCACGCUCUAAAUUUGAUAAUUUUUCAGUCAAGGAUGACUUAGAUAAUGAUGAAGAGGAAGGUGAGGAGGAAAUUGUUCCAAAGACUCGUUAAACAGUUUAAGAUCAAAAAAAGUAGAACAAUAGAGAAUAGGGUGAUGAAGAAGGAGAAGAAGGAAUGUAAUCAGAAAAUGAAGAAGAUGAGGAAGGAGAAGAAUCUGAUAAAAGUAACAUCAAAAAUAAGAAAAGAAAUUACAUUUAAAAACGUAACUCUGAAUCUUCUAAUUCAUCUUCCAGUUCAUAUGAUUACUAACGCAGAGGAGGCUUUGAAUAGGUUGAAAACUAUUAUCAUCCUAUGAAUUCACAACAAUUCAAGUACUAAAAAGUGAAUAAUAAAUAUUUUAAGAUGGGUAAAAAUAGAAGAGGAAUGGAGAGUAUUGUAUCUUAAUCAGGAGGAGUUUCAUAGCCGAUGAAUAGUGAUGUAAGAAUGAACAAAUUUAGAAAGAAAAGUAGUGGUUUUAGUGAUGCAGCCCCUUCUUAGAUGAAUGAAACACUCUAACAAGAAGGCGAAUCAUAAAUUUCUUAAAAAUAACUUUCUAAUUUAGCAAACCUGAGUUAAAGUAACAAAAGCAGAAGUAGGUCAUCAAGGGGAAGAUCAUAAACAAAAAAGAAAAAUACUAAGGAACAAGGAAGCAAUUAUAAAUAAUAAGCCAGACGCCACAGUGGUGCAAGGAAUAAAAAAGGCAAAUUUACUUCUUCAAGUGGAAGCCGCUCAAAUUCUUCAUCCUCUUCGUCUUCUUCAUCGUCACAUUCAUCUUCAUCUUCUUCUAGCUCUUCUUCUACUCAUAAAUCCUAAAAGCAGCCUGUUAAAGAAAAUAAGCCCACAGCGGUAAAAAAGGUAAGCAGAUUCUCGUCAGCAAUCCCACCAGAAAAUAAUUAGGAAGUAUCUGAAUCAUCAAAUAAAGAGCAGUUAAGAGUUGAUACUUAGAGUUAAGAAAGAAAAAAUAAAACCUAAAAUACUUCAAAAGGUUUUAACAUAUCAAAAAAAUAGGCUGAGGAAAUCAAAGAGCAAAUAACCGCUAAACCUCCAAUAAAAAAAGCAAGUCUAUUUAGCACUAAAGAGGAAAUAGAAAUGGAGAAUAAAUAAGAAAUUUUUGUUAAAUCUGAAAGAAAAACUUCUUUCAGUAUUUAGAAAGAUUUGAAAGAGGAUUAAUAAAAGCAAAUGGUUGAACAAAAGUAAAAUUAACACUAAAAAUAAUAAGAAGAUGGGCAAUUGAAUAUCUAAAAUUAGUAACAAUAAAAUAUACAGCAAUAGCCCUAAUAAAAUGAAUAAAUGUUUAAAAAGGACAUCAUGUCUCUUAUCAUGGAUAUAUAAAAUAAAAUCAUGAAAGAUGAAAAUAUACCAAAAGAAGAAUUGCUUAAAACUUUAACUUCUCUUCAAUUACAACUCAUAUCUGGUCCGACUCAAAUUUAGACCUAACCUACUCAAUAAUCUUCUAAUAAGCAACAUCAGCAAGUUGAGAAUACAAAUUAAUAAAAGUUAGAACAAAAUAAAAACUAGCAAUAGCAAAUAAAAUAAUCUAACUUUUCUGAAGAAAAAAAUGAAGUUUAAGAGGAAAAACAAGAACUUUAAUAGAAAUAAAGCAAAGAUAUUUCAAAGGGCAGUUUGGGAUUUUCAAAAGGUAAAACAGAGAACUAUGAUCAAAAGGGUGAAGAAGAUUUAAAGAAAGAAGAGGGUGAGGAAGGUGAAGAUGAGGAUGAAGGAGAACUUGACGAAAGUUCUUUGCUUAAACCAUCAGAUUAUAAAUCGAAUAAAAGUCAUAAUUUGAAGAAAGAAAAAAAUCACAGCAAUCCUCGCUUAACAAAAAGUGAUAGAAAGAAAAAUAAAAAUUCUAAAUCAAGAAGCAAAGAAAAGAAGAAAGCUAAUGUAGCUAUUAAAAAAUAAGUAAUUGCUCAUCAUCACGGUGGUGGAUAAAGACAUUUAGUACCUUCUGGCUUGAAUAUGGGAUAGUCUAACUUGCAAGGUGGAUUAGUUAUGACAAACCAAAGAAUGCAGAGAGGCGUUAUUGCUACUAGACCUAAUUAUCACAUUUAGUCUUCUUCAGGAUCUUCAUCUCAGUCAGACUCUGAACCCUAGUAGCAUUAGUCUAGUAAUUUUUAUUCUAGUUCAAGUAGCAGAUCAUAAUUAAGGUAUUACUAAAGUGAAGUAGAUGAUGAAGAUGAUGAUAGUUCUCAAUCAUCUGCUAGCAAAUAAAAUUUAUAGCUUAAAAAGUAUGGAACUGCUAAUUCUAAUACUAACACAGGUGGUAUCGAUUACUAACACUUCCAAUAGCUUAUCAAAGGACGCAAAAGAGAAGCGGGAUAAAGAAUCAGCAAAUUUUCAGAAAGAAAAAAUAAAUUUAAAAAUGAAGAAUAAAAUAACUAAGAUGAUAGCAAAAAUGUCAGCAUCAGUAGUGAGCGCAUAUCCUUAGGGAAUACAAUAGUUGCUAACCAAACUGUAAAUAUAAGCUAAUAAUCGCCUACUUAAUCAAUUAAAUCUUAGUCUAAUGACAAUAGUACAAAUAUUAUAAUUAAUAAUAAUAAUAACUUAGCUUCAAAAACUUCUACAAAUGAAUCUGGUCAGAUUGUUUCUGAUUCAGCGCCUACAUUAAAUAAAUCUAAUGAAAAUAUCUAGUUGAGUUAAGAAAAACAAUAGCAACCUCACCAUCACAGCUCUAAAUUUAGCUCAAUCCCUCCUUAAGAGGAGAAGGUUGUAAAGUAAGCAACUGCCUCAAGCACAAUAUAACCAGUAACCGUAGUUACUGCGUAGUAAACUUAAUAGUAACAGAGCUCUAGCUAAGCCUUUUCUCAAAUGAAGGUUGAUCCCCUUUUGAACACUAUUCAGCAGCUUAAACAGAAAUCAUCUCUCAAAAAAGAAACAAGUAGCAUUGUGUAAAAUAUUUCUAAACCAAAAGUUGAUUCCGAUAAAGAAGCAGGAGAAGAAGACGAUGAAGAGGAAGAAGGAGCUGCAAAGCUUGAUGAGGGUGAAGCUAAAAGUGAAUCAGAAGAGGGUAUUGAGGAAGAAGGCGAAAGUGAUUAAGAAAAUAAUGAUAGCGAAGAAGAAGAAGGAGGCAUUCCUUCAAGUAAAGAUAAAAAGAAGAAGAAAAAGAAAGACUCAUCAAGCAGUAGUAGAUCUAGUUUUAGUCAUAAAAAAAAGAAGACUAAAAAGACAUCUAAAAAUCACGCAUCUAAAUCUAAAAAAAAUAAAACUCAUAGAGAUGACUCAAGUGAUUCAGACUCUUCUUCUGGUUUUUAUCAUUCUAAAUUCCAUCACAGUGGUACAGGGACAGGGUCUUAGUCAUUUUUCUCUUCAGAAUAAUAUAACUUUGUUCAAGGAAACCGCUUUAGAAACAAAAAUAGUCCACCUACUUAGAGAUUUAGUGGACGACAUGGUGCCUCUUCUUCAAACAUACCACCUCCAACUACUAGAUAUUCAAAUAAUAAAUUUUCAUUUACAGGCUAAUAAUAAAAUAUGUCUAUGCUAUCUAAUAUCCCUUAAAAAGGUUUUAGUAACUUCUCAAGCCAACCAUCAACUAAUUCUUAAAGCGGAAGCUUAGCUAUGGUUUCUUCACUCUAAUCAGUAUAAAGUUCAAGGGGAAGAGUAAACCAUUGGAGCAGAGCAAAUCCAGGAGAUUCUCCGACAUCUUCUAAGAUCACCCAUCAUUAAGAAUCUUCAAGAAAAAGAUCAAGAAGCCAUAAAAAGCAUAUUAAAAGCAGGUCUAAAUCCCACUCAAGUAAAAAGUGA